AUGCUCCAGGCAAGCAAGAUGGAUGUUUCAGAUAGCGGUGGGUGUGCUCGCAAACGUGCUGCAAUGUCUGUCAUGUUAACAGCUGUGAAGAGAGUUCAAAGUUCUCCAAACCUAUUGGCUCCAGGACCUGAUUCUCAGUCUCCAGAUUCAGCUUGGGCAUCUUAUAAUGAUGGAAGCAGAGAGACAUUGAAUGGAGACACAAGUAGUUCAUCUCUUGCAGCUAAAGGCUUUAGAAGUGUCCGACCAAACCUACAAGAAAAAAAGUCACCAACUCAGGCACCCCUGCCACCCACUAGAAAAGAAAGUUUUUGUAGAUCAGGAAUAACCAAUCCCAAGAACAAUGAAAUUAAUUUCCAGUCAAUAACAACCAAGCCAACUAAAAAACUCCCCUCAGAUAGUGUCCAUUAUACUAAUAAGGAGGCUAUCCAGAGUACAAUGUAUUCUAAAAAAUCUAACACAAGUGUGUCCUAUGCACAAACAAUCACUAAACCACCUGCCAUGGUCUCCAGCGCGGGCACAAAAGUAGUAGCUGGCAUUAGUGCUACUCUUCAUCAAGGCCACAGAGAAUCAUCUCAAAAACGCAGAGUGUCUACCCUGAAAUUAACUCGGACACAAGACCCACUACAUAAUAUUCCUAGUAAUUCACAGCAACAGCCCAAGCCUAAUGAAGUGCCAGUAUUUCCACAAAGGCCUGUCUCACCUACCUGUAACCCUGUGCCUGAGAUACACACAGCAUCUCUUUCCAUUCAGAUAGCUCCCCUCCUUGACAAUAAAGCAGAGCCUGAAAUCCAAGAACAUCCACCUGGCCUUUCUCCAGACACUCCAAAGAUGCCUCCAAAAGAUGUGGGACAAAACUCUACAGCUCCUCCUUCUGCACAGUCCACAGAAUGCAAUGUGGCCCAGAUAACAGUGAAUGGGAACUCUGGCACUGUUACCAGUCCAAUGAGUCACUUUCAAAGACCCUUUUCCCCUUCUUCAGCAUACUCUCCACCAGCUUCACUCAAUUCAAACAUUAUCAUGCAGCAUGGCAGGAAGAUGGACUCCACAGAGACAUACUCACAGUAUGCUCAGUCUUUUGGCAGCAGCACUGCUCCCAGUACAAUACCAAUCUGUAGAUCUUCAGAGGAAGAAAAGAAAGUUACAGUCAUUAGAGCACCACAUUAUGCAGGGAUUGGCCCUGUAGAUGAAUCUGGAAUCCCAACAGCAAUUAGAACGACAGUUGACCGGCCAAAAGAUUGGUAUAAAACAAUGUUCAAGCAAAUCCAUAUGGUUCACAAGCCCGAUGAUGUCACAGACAUGUAUAAUGCUGCAUAUGCAUAUAAUACUGGUAGUUACAGCCCAUCCCCCUCUGCUCAGCCACACCCUGCUGCGAAGACACAGACAUACAGACCAUUGCCUAAAAGCAUUUCUGACAAUGGCACUGAUGCCUUUAAGGUCUCCUCUCCAAUACCUCCUCCACAUGUACCUCCUCCAAUCCCACCACUUCGACCAAGAGAGAGAUCUACACCUGAAAAAAAUGAUUGGGAUCCUCCUGACAGAAAAGUAGACACCCGUAAAUUCCGUUCUGAACCAAGAAGUAUUUUUGAAUACGAGCCGGGGAAGUCAUCAAUUCUUGAACAUGAAAGACCGAUUGAUCACAUAACCCCAGAUGACAUAGAUUUAGAAAAUGAACCCUGGUAUAAAUUCUUUUCAGAACUGGAAUUUGGAUGUCCGCCUCCUAAAAAGCUUUUGGACUAUGUUCAAGACAAUUCUCCUGGUGUUUCCAAUGAGACCUCCUUAUAUCACCCUUCCGACAAAGGCCUGGACAGACCUUCUAGUUCUUCAAGUGACUACAGAAAAAGAAGGAAGUCAGAGCCUGCUGUAAGUCAUCAGAGAGUGCACAGUGAUCAAAAUGCAAACAGAACUAGCGGAGGCCAUGCAGAUAUGCAGGGCACAUACACUACCCUUAGAAAGCCUUUAACUAACUCUUCUCCAUCUUCUCCAUCAAGAGCGAAAGGUGGAGAUAUUAGCAAAGUGUACCCGUCCCUUUUCAGUUACUCACUGCACAACCACAACACCUCAAAUGAAUUAGAUUAUUGUAGCACUUAUAGCCAGCAUUUGGCUGUUCCAAGUGAUUCAAGAAGGGCAAUCCACUACAAAAAUGGAUGGCAAAUGACACGUCAGAAUGCAGAAGUCUGGAGCAGCACAGAAGAAACUGCCUCUCCAAAGCGGAAAUCCCGCAGCUGUGACGAUCUGUUAACAGAUGAUCACGAUAGUUUUCCUGAUGCACAGGCCAAGUCUGAAAGUAUGGUAUCUCUCAUUUGUGAGGAGGAUUCCAAAGGCAGUUGCUCAUUGACGUGGGCAUCCCCAUAUGUUCCUGAGAGCCGUGGUGCUAGUCGGUCAAGAGUUCGUCAUAGAUCUGCACAUGAUGCCCCAGGUUUUCUAAAAAUGUACAAGAAGAUGCACCGCAUCAAUCGCAAGGACUUGAUGAAUUCUGAGGUGAUUUGUUCUGUAAAAUCCAGAAUAUUACAGUAUGAAAAAGAACAGCACAAAGGCAUGCUUCAGGGCUGGCGAGAGUCUUCUACUGAAGAGGUGCCCAGGGACAUGGUGCCUACCAGGAUAUCUGAAUUUGAAAAAUUAAUUCAAAAGUCAAAAUCAAUGCCAAAUCUAGGUGAUGAAACUUUAUCAACAGUAUCACUAGAGCUGCCUAAAAAUGGCUUAUGUCCACAGCGGCGAUUUUCUAUCGAGUCCUUGCUGGAGGAGGAAAAUCAAGGUAGGCAUGGCAUUCAAGUACAACGCAACUGCAAGUCUAAAACUCUGGUGCCAAUUCAGAUUGAAGUGACCAGUGAUGAACCACAAAGAUCACAUCUGGAGUUUUCUGACAGUGAUCAAGAUGGAGUGGUCUCUGACCUCAGUGACUUUAUCCAGAUAGAAGGCUCAUCUUUUUGUAGUGAGAGUGACUUUGACCACUUUUCCUUUACAUCCUCCGAGAGUUUUUAUGGAUCAGGCCACCAUCACCAUCAUCACCACCAUCAUCACCACCACCACAAGCAUCUCAUCAGCUCUUGCAAGGGGCGAUGCCCAGCAUCCUAUACCCGCUUCACCACCAUGUUAAAGCAUGAAAGGGCUAAACAGGACAGUACUGAAGAUCCAAGGAGACAAGAAUCAGAAUCUGGCCUCUCUAAGAUAGCAUUCCUAGUAAGUCCAGUGCCUUUCCGGAGGAAAAAAAGUUCAGCCCCUAAAAAACAGACUGAGAAGACUAAAUGCAAAUCAUCUAUGGUUGAAGCUCUAGACUCUGCUCUUAAAGAUAUCUGUGACCAAAUUAAAGCAGAAAAGAGAAGGGGAAGUUUGCCUGACAACAGUAUAUUACACAGACUUAUUACUGAACUGCUUCCAGACAUACCAGAAAGGAAUUCAUCUCUUAAAGCUCUUAGAAAAAGUCCCAUGCACCAGCCUUUUCAUCCACUGCCUCAAGAUGGUGCCAUUCAUUGUCCAUUGUACCAAAAUGAUUGUGGAAGACUACCUCUUAGUGCCUCUUUUCAAGACAUGGAUACAACCAACAACAACAACCCAAACAAUGAUAGUGCACUGUCUUUCCAAGUAGACCAGGAGUCACGUGGGAACUAUUCUUCUGCUUUGACUGAUGUGGGCCGAUGUACUCCUCGAGAGAGAAGAGGAAUUCCAGACAGAGAGAGGCUGCCAGCUCGAGCUGUAUAUGACUUUAAGGCUCAGACCUCUAAAGAACUGUCCUUUAAGAAAGGAGAUACCAUCUAUAUCCUCAGGAAGAUAGAUCAAAACUGGUAUGAGGGAGAGCACCAUGCGAGAGUUGGAAUUUUCCCAAUUUCUUAUGUCGAGAAACUUUGUCCCCCUGAAAAAGCACAGCCUGCCAGGCCACCUCCCCCAGCACAAAUUGGAGAUAUUGGAGAAGCUAUUGCCAAAUAUAAUUUCAAUGCAGACACAAAUGUGGAACUGUCAUUGAGAAAGGGAGACAGAGUAAUUCUUCUUAAGAGAGUUGAUCAAAAUUGGUAUGAAGGUAAAAUACCAGGAUCCAACAGACAAGGCAUCUUCCCUGUUUCCUAUGUAGAAGUCAUCAAAAAGAAUGCAUCAAAAGGUGCUGGUGAUUAUCCUGAUCCUCCAAUACCCCAAAGUUAUUCUAGUGAUAGAACACACCAUUUAAGUUCAACUAAGCCACAACGCCCCGUGUUUGCUCAUGAAAACAUACACAGUGGGGGGGAACCGUUUCAGGCUCUAUAUAACUAUACUCCUAGGAAUGAAGAUGAACUGGAGCUGAGAGAGGGAGAUAUCAUUGAUGUGAUGGAAAAAUGUGAUGAUGGAUGGUUUGUGGGAACCUCAAGGAGAACCAAAUUCUUUGGUACUUUCCCUGGAAACUAUGUCAAGAGGCUAUGAAUUUUUUUCCUACUUAUUUAUGCUGCAUCUCUGCAACACAUCUGCAUAAAGCUGCUAGAAAACAUGCUACUACAGGCCUUCUGUUUUCUUGCUUUGCAGUAUCAAAAAGGUCAUCUAGUUCAUCAUCAUCAUCCCCAUCCUCAUCUGCCAAACCGUUCCAGCAGUAUUACAGCAACAACUACAGUGUGAAUAACUAAACUUGUAUGAAACAAGAGGAAUCGUUUCAACAUUUAAGUACUUUCUCCUGUUUUCCUGCUUUAGUUCCUCCUCCCCUCAUUAGAAAGAAAAUAAUAGGAAAACCUUGAUGAAAGAAGGUACACAGGUGUAUUUCCAUAGGAAAACUUGCAUUGUUUGGAGGCAUUGUGGUACUAGCAUUAAAUGCUAUGCAAAAAUUUGAUUCUCAGCUUCUGCCUGGUACAAAGAAAUAGUUGCUGUUUAUUUUUAAAAAGUUGUUUAUCCACAUUCUUUUUAGCUUGGCAGCAUAUGUUGCUUUCACUUUGCUGUAUCACAAAUUUGCCUAUUCUUCUGGUUUACAAUAUAUAUGACAAUUAUAAUAUAGAUUUUUUUUGCCUGCACUUAUAUGUUGUAAAAUAUGCACAGUGAUUAUAAAAUUUCAAGGAGUAGUAGUUAAAAUGAGGACACUGAAAGUGUGUUGGAUGGGUGUGAUUGUAUUGGUAAAAGUCUUUUUUUUCCCAAAUAAACUACAGUGCUUUCUGUUGAAAUUAAAAGUGCGAGAGGUGUGAAAUCUUGAGAGUUUGUGGAUAAUGAGCUAUGAAGAUAGGCAAUAACAAACUACUGAUGUCUAACAUUACAUGACUAUAUCUAAAUGUGUUGUAAUAAUCAACAACAUGAAAUUUGAGGGGUUAGUGGUUUUAAUUAUCACAAGGCUUAUGAAAAAUACAGUGUUAGUACAUAGAUGUAUUCUAACAUAGUCACCGAAAAAAUAUGCACAAGUGUACUGAUUUUAUUUCACUACAUAUAUCUCUUAUACAUUAACAAAAUCUUAGUCAUACAUUUGUCUUUAGGAAUAUAGUAUAAAAAGUCACAACUCUUAAAACUGAUAAUUUUCAUUUUUUGUGUGUGUGAAUGAAAGAAACGUCUGAAUACAUCAUUCUUUUUCUUUAUGGAAAGGUAAGCAUAAAUAAUAUAUGAAAUUGAGACAGAAUGAUUAUGGCUGUGGCUUUAUACAAAACAAUUCCAAUUUGGUUUCUUCAGCACCUUAUAGAUGGCAAAAGCUUCUAUUGCAUUUUUCUUGUGGUAAAGGCUUGACUUAUCACUAUGUAUGUAAUCUCUAGCAUUUUGUACUUCUUUUUUGUACAGAUCCAAUUUGUUGUUGAUUUUUAAAAAAUCAAUUCCUCAUUUGAUCUCUGCUCUUUUCAUAUACAGAACAUCAUUAAUGCAUUUUUCUUUACUUGCCCCUGUUACCCUAAGCACACCCGGAUAGUGCAAUUCUGUAAAAUAGCAUUUUAUGCAAAAUUUUAUUAUUGGUUUUACUAGCCAAAUCUAAAUGUACAUAUGACUUUAUUACAAAAUGUCAUUAAGACAAAGGUAAAGAAACAUCUUUGUGCAGCAUACCUUUAUUACUGCAAAUUUCAUGGCAAAAGCUUUAUAUUUCAAAGGCUUUUAAUAUUAAUUUAGAUCUGCAUGCAGCUUUGCUGUAAGAUUCAUACCUAUCUUUGAUGCCAUUUAUGAUGAAGACUUAAUCUGUUGCCUGUCAUAUUUAAAAAAGUACUGUUUCUACUCUGUAACUGAUUUUUAAAAAUACCUGUUUUUCAUACCUGCCUUUCAGGUAAUUGACUCUAAAUUCUUAUAAGCAAAGGGUCUCUGUGUUUUUUCUUGACUAGACUUCUAAUAAAUUCUGCUUGGAGUACAUUUCAACUUUUCUUCCUGUUAUUUCUUGACUUACAUAUUUUUACACUUUUUUGUAUUUAAACUGAAAGGUUCUCAUGAAUCCUGAUUUAUCUAAGGACACAAUCACAAACUGAUCUACCACCAAACAUAUAAGCGACAAAGAGUCCUAUAGCACCUUAUAGACCAGUGGUCUCCAA